UCGCGGGUAUCGUGGCAAACUUGCGUGCUUCUACGCCGAAGACGAAGAAAAAUGCCGGAAAGCGUGCACGCCGGCGCGAGCUGUUGGGUGGUCGAAGCACGGGCGCGGAAUCCACGAGCCAUCCGUUGCUGCCGUUAGAUUCUGUAGCCAUCUUGCGUAUAGUGGACACGUCGCGAACAGCGCCGAUCCUGGACAAGUGAUAUCGCGCCAUGGAGCAGCAGCAGCUGAUCGCGGAGGAGGACACUCCCAGGCAUGUGCGAAUGGAAAGCUUGCCCACUACGUCGUCAGUCGGCUUCCGCCUGACCAGCAAGAAGGUUAUCGUGUUCCUGGUCUCUGCGGUGGCGGUGCUCGGAUGCGCGCUUGCGCUGAAUCUGGUGCACAUGUACGGGACGCCGGCGUUCACGGCCGAGACGGCGAGCACGGGGCCGCAGGAGGAGGAUUACCUGUCGAUGCCGGCGGCCGCCGCCCCGCCGGUGCAAGCGGCGCCAGCAGUGGAGCGAGCCCCGCCGGCCGAGUCGGCGGCACCUUCGCGGCCUGCGGGCACGAUGCCAGCCGCCGUCGCGGAUAGCGGAGAGCCCGUGGACAUCGGCACCUACACGCAGCUUGCGGCCAGCGAAGAUGACAGCGGCAACGACACGUUGGCGACGGCCCUCGAACAGCGGCAGAUGGAGCCCCGCUGCCUGGAUCCCGUUCACAUGACGCCGUGUUCCGGGAAGACGAGUCGGUGGCCGGCGUUCUUCUUCGACGGCCGCCGCUGCUUGACGCCUGUGAGCGUGCCGCCGCCUGGGUGCCUGGAGGGCCCCAACCGCUUCCGCUCGCUGGGCCACUGCCGCGGCGCCUGCCAGGGUCAGGGCGCUCGCGCCGAGUGCCGGGAGCCGGCGCGGCUGGUGCCGUGCAACCGAGAGCACGUCAAGCGGCGCUGGUUCUACCCGGCCAACGGCAGCUGCGUCGAGUGGGGCUUCCCGGAGGGCAGCUGCGUCAACGUUCGGCUGCGCCUCUUCCAGAGCAUGCAGCAGUGCCUGCUCGACUGCGUGCAGCACAACGCGCCCGGCUGCCGGGAGUACCCCGUCGGCCAGCGAUGCGGCGAGUACCAGGUCAACUUCCCGGUAUUCUCUGCCGUGAACAAGAAUGGACGUUUCGAGUGCCUGACGGUGGACCCAGCAGAAAAGCUCUGUCUGCUAGGUUCCAACAUGUUCCACAGCUACCGGACAUGCGCCCGCGCUUGUCUCGUUUCGUGAUAAAGCUUUCUUUUUCGAAUUUCGUCAGUAACAGUGAACACAAGAGUCAUUUUGUGUGUAUUGCUCGUCUGUGUUUCAAGUAUAUGUGUACGAUCAGUGAAGUUUACGAAUCGAAUAUGAAUAAUAAAGUAAGGACUUUGAUUUGAA